UUUUUUAAAUCUUUUUGGGCCUGGACCAGAUUUUUCUUGGCUUGGUUUAAUCGUUGAAGGCAAGUGUUUUCUUGGUGGUCUUGUUGAGUUAAUUCAGUUAGUUUUUGCUUUUGUUGUGCGAUUUUUUGUG